AACACGGCAAUGUUUGUUUUCCACCCUCCCUCAUUUCUUCGUCACCUGCUGGGAUCACACUCCAUUGGGUAUUUGCCGUCCAACCAUCCAGGGUCUCAGUGUAUGUCUUGUGGUGGUGUACACACUCACACUUGGCAUUUUGAGCAAGAUUUCUAGAAAUAAAAGACAUUAAAAGGAUCUUCCUGGAAAUUACUGUGAUUGCUUUGGAGUACACAUUUGGAGUACACAUGGAGUACUGCGCUUUGAAAGGAUUCCUAGUGGUUUUAAUAAUACAAGGUCUGAUGACGUCUAUCCAGUCCUCCACUGAGGGCACCCACUAUGGACGGACCUCACCACAGGAACCAGAGCUAACCUCUGCAGGGGUGGCACCAGCAGUACUGUCCCCUCCUAGCCUGAAGGAGGUGCAGCAAGCUGUGCAGGAUGCAAAAGUGGAUCCGGGCACAGUCCAGAAAGCAGCUGAGGAAGAAGCUGACUUUGAGGCAGAAGUGCUGGAGAAGAAAGUGGAGGAUGAAAAUAUGGGCAUCAGUGAAGAAGAUGCUGGUGUUGAAGAGAAGCAGGAUGAAGCAGGGGUGGAUGCAUCUGAAGAUGUAACUGAUAGAGGAGUUGUCAUGGAAGAGCAUGAAACAGCAGCUGGAUCUGUGGAGAAAACCACAGCAGGUGUAGAAACUGGAGUCAGAGAAGCAGACACUGUGAGGGUUAUUGAUGAGACUCUAGGAACUCAAUUCAGUGAUGAGGUUGUAGAAGGAGUUGGAGCCACUUUAGACGAGACAGGAGAGGAUUCAGCUGUAAUGGCAAAUAUUCAGGAGGACAACAAAGAUCAGGCUGUGCUGUCAGAAGAAAAAGGUGCAACACUAACAGAAAUACAGGAGACAAAGGAAACUCUGGAUGUUGAGGAGGUGGCAGUACACAGAGAGCCUGAACUCAAUCUUGGAGAGGCUGAUGUGGAACAGAUAGGAGAUAAGAAAGAAACUUGGCCAGACAAAACAGCAGGUGAGACAAUAGCGCUGCUUUUGGACAAUUAUCAGAUAGAAGCCACACAAACUGCAGUCAGAGAGCCAAUACUUGAGGAAGAUGUAAACAUAGUUAAAGAGCCAGAUGGACCAGAAGAAAAACAAGAACAAGGUCAUUUAGUGGAGGAAGGAGCUUCAGUAAAGGUAGAAUUAGGAGGUACAACUGUGGGGGAAGCAAAAGUAGAUGACAGAGAUGGAGAGAGUGUGAUCAAGAGGAAAUCAGUGGUGCUCGUGAAUAAAAGAGAUGGCCAAAAAGAAGAAGCAGAAGAGGAGCAGCUUGCUUUGGAGACUUCAAUUGACAGUACAAAAAAGGAUCAAGAUGUGGUGGGGAUCUCUGGCCCAGAACCUGAUGGUGGUGCUGAAACCACCAUAUUGCAGAGCUCUGAGAACCAGGCUUCCACUGUGGAUUUAUUCCUCAUUGAUGUGGAGACUGAAGAAAGAAACCUAGAUGAUGAGAAAUUUAACAGCAAUGAGAUCAUCACCCCGACCAAUGACCUUUCCCUGUAUGACCCAGCUGAUGCCCAUCCUACACUGGAUAAUUUUAUGAAUGAUGAUCUAGCCGAACACCCGAGGACUGAAGGAGAGGCAUUGGGGGAGACCAAUGAGCUAGUUAAAGAUCCAGAAUCUACUGAAUUAGGCUUGGAACCAUGGAAAAUCGGAGCUGUUACUGCUGCAGUUUUCCUGGUUUUGCAGACUGCUGUCAUCAUUAUCUAUAUUGUCAAACGUAGUCACAAAAACAACAGCCUGCCCCGACAGCGUGCAUGUGAGGAAGAGUGUGUUGAACCAGAGGCAACUACAGGAGAUGACUACAGUGAUGAUACACUGCCUGCGGGCAAUGGUGACCCUCAACAGAUGGCUGCAGUUGACCCAGCUAAUAUGGCUUCAACCCUGGCCAAAAUAAAUGACCAGCAAGGAGAUGAGCAUGCAAUAGCUAUGUCAGACCUCCCACCCAGCUCUACAGAUGAGUGGGCCAAUAUUGGACCAGGACCAAAUUCCUCACAAGACCUCAGGACUUCCUUUCUCUAGGGGGUCCAACUGUUUCCUCAUUCAUGCUAUAUCUAAAUUAAGCUCAGUGAGCACAAAAAUUUCAUACCUUAACCAAACCCAGUAGUGACUGUCUCACAUUCCCAAGUGUAUUAACUACUGUAUAAUCAUCUUACACUUAGUGCAUAUGACUUUAUUUGUGUUUUUGCAUGUGUAAAUAAAAAAAAAAGCCUAACAAUUUUGGAUUUUGGCAUAUAUGACUGUGUGACUGAGUGAACAGAGAAACGUGUGUUUGAAAAUACUGUGUACAUGUGCAAGUGUGCAAAUGUGAUAAACCUUUUAUGUAUCUACUGCUGUCUAGUAGUUUGAUGUCUAUAAACACUUUAGGCUGCACUGGAAUUGUUGAGCAAUGGUUUUCAAAGUGGCCACAUCGCUCAUGCUGUACAAAGCUGCUGAACUGCCACGAGCAAUCAUCCCAUUUUAUCAGCAAGUCUGAAGUCUGAGAAUGCUGGCUGCAACAUGAAGUGCCUCAUCUGAAAAGUCUUUAAAAUGUAAAACGAUUUUUUAAAAAUGGAUUUGUUUUUUAUUCUGCGUCAGUCUUGACUUGUGUAUUAUAAGUUUUGCUUUGAGUAGAACAAAAUUAAGUGUCCAAAGACGCAACUAGAUCCAUAAACUCCAGUGCCGGGUUCCACUGGCCACCACACACCACAACCCUGCCCCUAUCAUAAUUUUCUCUUCCCGUCAUUCUUCUGCAAGUUUAUCAUCUGACCUUUUUUUCUCAGAACUGUGCAGGCUCUUUCAGAGGAUUUCUAAAAAACACUCAUCUGACCUUCAUGUUCUUGAGUGUAACCGGUGGUUUGAACCUUGUUGUAAACCCUCUGCGUUUCAUGUUUGUAGACGUUAACAAUGAUAUCACUAAUAUUUUGAGAGUGUUCCCAGCUUGGUUAGAUUUUUUGAAGUUGUUUUUCUUAACAGUUGAAAUAAUUCUGUCAUCAUCCACUUUAUGCAUGGUCUUUCAGGCCUCUUGGGUUAGCUGUGUUGGCAAAUGCAGAAAUCCUUUUUAGAAUGCACCAGAUUGUUGAUUUGGCCACUCCUAAAGUUUUUGCUGUCUCUCUGUUAGAUUUAUUUAGAUUUUUUUCAGACUAAUAAGUACCUCCUUGUCUACAGAGAAAAGUGACAAAAAUACAAACUUAGGACUUUGAAUCAACUUCAGAUAUUAUGUUUGCUUCAUUUAUCAUGAAAUAACAACAAGGGACCAGGCCUCGUGUCACCAUGAAACCGCUUGUCAGUCAAUUGUCCAAUUAUUUUUAAGCCUUUGAAAAUGAGGGACUGCGCAUAAAAUUUGCUGCAUCUCCUAAAGUGCUAGUGUAAAAAUACUGUAAAACUGCUGGAAUUAAAGCUGACAGUCUGUACUUCAAUCACGUCUUGAUUGCUUAAUUUGAAAAAUCGUCUUUUGGAGUGUACAGAAACAAAAUGAAAACAAAACAAAAAAACAAAACAAAAUCAUGGAACUAACUUCUACUUACGUCCAUGAUUUACAUAAAUGUAGAACAUGGCUAAAACCCCAGAAAUUUUCUCUUGUAAGACUUCAGCAUGAAUGUCAUCAAAUAUUUGUGUGAGUAUCCACAGUCUGGCGUCAUUUGGUCCAUGAUCACAAGGUUCAUGAAUGAGUUUUUGAAAAAACUCAAGUACCCUCAAGUGUACACGUGUGUACGGUGUGUGUGUGUGUGUGUGUG